UUGUGAAAUGGAGCUGACUCAUGUGUGUUGGUGUCCAACUCGGACUCAACGAGUCAACACACUUACGACUCGUUCUAGAAAGAAUAACCAAACCCGAACUCGGCCACUGAGUCUAGAACAAACCAAAUCAAAUUCAUUGUUUUCCAGUGUGCAUUUUCUUCACUAGGGUAGGGUUAUCCCUUCCAUUUCUACUUCUCUCACACCUUAUAGUCCUUACAACUACACUCUCCACCAUUCAUCUUCAACUCUUCGCUCGAUUUUCGAACCCUAUCUACUUCUUCUUCUCCAUUUCCAAUCUCUCUGAAUUCCUUUCUCCAUUUUCCCAAUUUCUCUUCAAUCUGAACUUCGAUUUUCGUCUUCACUCUCACUUAUCUUCAACUGUUGCUGGCUGCAUAUGUCUCUUCAGGAUCUGAUUGAACCCUAGCUUUUGAAUCAAUUUUGUGCUAGAAAGCCUAAAUCAAAGGAAAAUCUAUCUUAGGGUUCUAAUUUUCCUAGGAUGGAAGCGCCCGUAGCGAGACCGAGGGGGCGUCCGAGGAAGAGGAGAAGAAAUGAUGAGGAGAAUGAGAACGAAGCAAAGAAACUGGCGUCCAUGGGGACACGACCUCCUGUGGCUUUGUUAGGAAGGUUCGUUUUGAAAAAUUUUCCCAGGAAUGGAGUGUUCCUGGGAAAAGUAGUGUACUAUGAAAGCGGUCUUUAUAGAGUUUGUUACGAGGAUGGCGAUUCAGAAGACCUUGACAGUGGCGAGGUCCGCUCUAUACUAGUAAAAGAGGGUGGAAUUAAUGGUGAUUUGGCGGGGAGGAAGGAGAAGUUAGAAGAAUUGGUGUCAAAGAAUGGAGGAAAGAUCGGAAUUGGUUCACAGAAGGGACCAGUUGAAUCCAUUAAGGAGGAAUCUAAGGCCGGAGUGUGUGAAUUGAACGAUGGUGGAUUGAUGAUUGAAAAAGAUGAGGAGGAUGAUGAUGAGGAUGUCAAUUCUUUGAGUGAUUCUGGCACUGGCCUGGGAAUGGAUUCUGGUUCUGAGGCUGAGACCCUGCCACCACCACCUGAGUUGCCGGUGUCAUCAGGUACCAUUGGGGUUCCUGAACAAUGUGUCUCACUGGUAUUCUCUGUAUAUGGAUUCCUGAGAUCCUUUAGUAUACGGUUGUUCCUACAGCCGUUUACUCUGGACGAAUUCAUCGGUGCCCUGAAUUACCAGGUCACGAAUUCACUAUUUGACGCAAUUCAUCUGUCGCUGAUGAGAGUUUUGAGGCAGCACCUUGAAUUCCGCUCAUCAGAGGGCUCAGAGCGAGCAUCAAGAUGCCUAAGGUGCAAUGAAUGGAGCUUGCUGGAUCCAGUGACAUGGCCAGUCUUCCUUAUACAAUAUUUGGUAGUCAGUGGACGCACAUAUUCUCAUGAGUGGAAAACAUUUUACCAAGAGGUGUCCACUGUGGAAUAUUAUGUACUGCCGGUCAGUAGGAAGCUGAUGAUAUUGCAAAUUCUCUGUGAUGAUGUUUUGGAAUCUGAGGAUAUUUUAAAUGAAAUGAACAUUCGGAGAGAAUCAGAGGUUGGGAUUGAUGAUGAUGGAGAAGAUAUCCUUCCUACAGAAGUUGGGCUUAGAAGAGUCGAGCCAAGAUACACCUUUACUUCAGCGUCUGAGGAUAAAGAAGCUACAAAGCUUGUUUCCGCUUCAAAUGCUGUGAACCAACCUGGAAGCGUUAUUUCAUAUUCCAGAGGUACAGAAAGCACUGAAGAUGGUGAUGUAGAUAGAAAUGGAGAUGAAUGUCGCCUCUGUGGCAUGGAUGGGAUCCUGCUUUGUUGUGAUGGGUGUCCCUCUGCUUAUCAUUCAAGGUGUAUUGGUGUGUUGAAAAAUCAUAUACCAGAAGGGCCAUGGUAUUGUCCAGAGUGCAAAAUAAAUAUGUUGGGGCCAACCAUUGCAAAGGGAACAUCACUUCGAGGGGCUGAAAUAUUUGGAAAGGAUUUGUAUGGGCAACUCUUCAUGGGAACUUGCGAACAUCUACUUGUGCUGAAUAUUGGCAAUGCUGAAUCCUGUCUUAGGUACUACAAUCAGAAUGACAUCCCCAAGGUUCUCCAAGUGCUUUAUGCAUCCUUGCAGUACAGACCAAUAUACCAUGAUAUUUGCAUGGCAGUGCUUCAAUAUUGGAGUGUUCCAGAAAGUUUGUUGUUUCAUUCUGUUUCAAGUGGAGCAAAUGUGAACUCAGCAAAUAUAAAGGAAGAGACUAAGCCUUCUCCUUUUUUACUUCCUCCUGUGGGUGAAGGCAAUUUGAUGAAGGAAGAGUAUCCAUUAACCUCUGCUAGUACAGCUUACUGUGACAAUUUGGUGCCAUCUCUUGAUGCUUCAUCAGUUUCCACCCCAAGUUCUGCUCUUCAGUGUAAUGGAAAUGGUAGCAGUAGUGAGUACCCUGUUGUGACUACAAAGCUUCCUGAGAGCAGUAGGAUCGAGUCCAUCCUCUCAGCUGAUUCUGCUUCUGUUUCUGUUAGUCAUCAUUCCAACAUCAAGCAUGGAAAUUUUGAUGGUAGGCCAACAGAGGUAGAUCCUGGCAAGUGCUCUUCAGUACAUGGUCAAUUUAGUUAUUAUGGCCAUGCAAACCAUACAGGGUUUCCCAUAAAUAUUUCUUUCCAAACCAAAGAAAACACUCAAGCCAGUUUUGAAAAGUGUGAACGCAAUGUAACCAAUGGUUUUGCCUACAUGGGUUUCUCCUAUAAGCCUUUUUCGUACAUGAAUUACUAUAUACAUGGUGAAUUUGCUGCAUCAGCGGCUGCUAAAUUUGCCCUUCUUUCCUCAGAGGAAUCUAGGUCAGAGGGCCAUGUGUCAGACAAUCAGAGGAAAUUGGCAUCUGGAAACACUUACUUGCAAGCAAAAGCAUUCUCAUUAACUGCCUCACGAUUCUUUUGGCCAAGUUCUGAGAAGAAGCCUGUGGAGGUUCCAAGAGAAAGGUGUGGCUGGUGCAUUUCUUGUAAAGCCCCUGCUUCAAGCAAGAGAGGAUGCAUGUUAAAUCAUGCUGCUCUAAGUGCCACAAAGAGUGCUACAAAAGUGCUUGCUGGUUUUUCUCCUAUAAAAAGUGCGGAGGGAGUACUCCCUAGUAUUGCAACCUACAUUAUGUACAUGGAGGAAUGUUUACGUGGUUUAGUAGUUGGGCCCUUCCUAAGUUCAAUCUACAGAAGGCAAUGGCGUACGCGAGUGGAACAGGCCUCAACAUUUAGUGCUAUCAAACCACUUUUACUUGAACUUGAGGAGAACAUUCGGUCAAUUUCUUUCUGUGGGGACUGGGUUAAGCUGAUGGAUGACUGGUUGGUUGAAUUUUCCAUGGUACAAAGUGCCACAUCCACUCUUGGAACAGCACAGAAGCGUGCACCAAGUGGGAGGCGUUACAAGAAGCGGUCAGCUAUUGACGAAGCUACAACUGAGGGUCGCCCUGAAAACUUUGUGUGGUGGCGUGGUGGCAAAUUCACCAAAUUUAUAUUCCAGAAAGCUAUCUUGCCAAAAUCCAUGGUUAGAAAAGCAGCACGAGAAGGUGGCUCAAGAAAAAUUUCUGCCAUUUCUUAUGCUGAUGGCAUUGAAAUCCCCAAAAGAAGUAGACAACUUGUUUGGAGAGCUGCUGUACAAAUGAGUAGGAAUGCAUCACAGCUGGCACUUCAGGUCAGAUAUCUGGAUUUUUAUCUCAGAUGGAGUGAUCUGAUUCGUCCUGAGCAGAAUAUCCAGGAUGGAAAAGGUCAAGAGACCGAAGCUUCUGCUUUCAGAAAUGCAAAUAUUUGUGACACUAAACUGGUAGAGGGGAAAAAUUGUUAUGGGAUAGUUUUUGGGAGUCAGAAACAUCUUCCUUCUCGGGUGAUGAAAAAUGUUUUUGAAAUAGAGCAAGAUCCAAAAGGAAAGGAGAAGUAUUGGUUUUCUGAAGCACGAAUUCCUUUAUAUUUGGUGAAAGAGUAUGAAGAAGGUAAGGGAAACAUGGCAUAUAAUGAAGAGCAGCACUUGAAUACUGCAUCUGGGUUGCACAGAAAGCGGCUAAAAACUAUCUGCAAGGACAUAUUUUUUUACCUUACAUGCAAGAGAGAUAACUUGGAUGUGGAGUCAUGUUCUGUAUGUCAGAUGGGUGUUUUAAUUAGGGAUGCUACCAAGUGUAAUGCAUGCCAAGGUUAUUGUCAUGAGGGUUGUUCCACAAGUCAAAUAGUCUCUGCAAACGAAGUUGAGUACUUGACCACGUGCAACCAAUGUUACCAUGCCAGAUUACUUGCUCAGAAAGAAAAUAGUAAUGAAUCUCCUACCAGUCCAUUACUCCUACGAGGACGAGAAAAUAACUCUGGAACAGUUUUGAAGAGAUCAAGGCCUAGAACUCUUGAUCAAGUACCGAAAUCUUCCAAAACAAAGGCUAAUAAUCCCAUGAAACAAGUUACUUCUGCGACGAGUUUGAAAAAAACAAAGGCUAAACGUUCUGAACAAGAACCAACUACUGGGAUAAAUGAUAAUCAUCUUGACAUGCAACAAGUUGCUUCUGUGGAAACUUCAGCUGCAAAACGCCAUCGCAAAAAUUGUUCUUGGGGCAUUAUAUGGAAAAAGAAACAUAAUGAAGAUUCAGACGAUUUCAUGCUCAGGAACAUACUUUUAAAAGGGAGCUCAAACAUACCAGGACUAAAACCUGUUUGUCACUUGUGUCGCAAGCCAUAUACGUCUGAUCUGAUGUAUAUUUGCUGUGAGACAUGCCAAAAUUGGUAUCAUGCUGAAGCUGUUGAACUUGAAGAAUCCAAACUUUCUAGUGUGUUGAGCUUCAAAUGUUGCAAGUGUCGAAGGAUAAAAUCACCUGUUUGUCCUUACUCUGAUUUGAAGCCCAAGAAACAAGAGGGCAAAAGGUCACGCACAAAAGCAAAGAAAGAACAUUCUGGAGCAGAUACUGAUUCUGGAGCAAUCUCUGAUAUGAGAGAGUCUGAAGCUGCUACUCCCGUCUUUCCUGUAUAUGAUGAUACUCCCACCUAUUCUGCGGAGGAUCCUAGUUAUGUCUUUCCUGAUGAGGAUCCUACUCCCGUCUUUCCUGUUGAGGAUGAUCCUCUUUUUUUCUCUCUCACAAGUGUUGAACUGGUAACAGAACCCAAGAUAGAAGGAGAUAUGGAGUGGAAUGGUGUCUCUGUGCCAGGGCUUCAGAAACUACCAGUGAGAAGGAAUGUUAAGAACGAGGGUGAUGAUGUUUCUUUUGAAGGUGGUGUACCUUUGGAUGCUGAAUUCUCUACAUACGAUGGUGAGACGGGUAAUCUGUCCAAUCCUGCGGAGGAAUCUAUACCUUUAGAAUACACCUCUGGUGUUGACUUAGACAACAAGCUGCCGAAUGACUCUGAAAAUGUAAAUUACGAUGAUUACAUGGAUUUCGAACCCCAUACCUACUUCUCUGUAACAGAAUUGUUGCAGUCAGAUGAUGGUGGUCAGUUUGAGGGUGUUGACAUGUCUGAGGACUUGUCAGGAUAUAUGGAAAAUUCUAGCACCACCACCCUUAUUCCUGAAUCGUGCGAUGCUAGUUUGGCCGAUAAAUCAGCACCUACGACUUACACCGGCCAUAGUUGUAUGCAAUGUUCACAAAUGGAACCAGCCCCUGAUCUCUGUUGCGAGAUUUGUGGGAUUUUGAUUCACAGCCAAUGUUCACCUUGGGUUGAAUUACCAUCGCUUGGAAGUUGGAGGUGUGGCCAUUGCCGGGAAUAUGGUAAUAACUGAUCUUUUGAUUUUUGAUAGUUCGCUUGGCGGCGACGCCGACAAAUUGAGAAGUAAUUUUGUGACAAUCAUGUAAGCUGGUAGAAUGCUUAGCUCUGCGACCUAACAAGGGCAUAUGAUCAGAGGUGUGUUUUUCAGCCUGCACUCGAUGGUUUUCGUUGUUGGUAUUUCGGCGGAUUUUGUUCCCGAGUUACAGGGAAUGCCUUUCCCAUUUCAGUCCACAGGAAAUUGCCCUGAACUCAGAGAUAAGCAAUUUUUUUUACAUGCUUCUCUGAUACAUUAUUUGUAUAGAUUAAAAAUUAAAAUUCUCAUUUUUUUGGAGUUCGGUCAAGUUAGGAACUUGUACCCAAUUUAAAGCGAAGCUUUUAUAAUGCGUUCACAUUCACUUCCGUGAAUUGCUUAGGAUUGAUAUUAACAUGUAAAUGGAGUGCGCUUGUCAGCAUUAUGAAGUGCUUUUGGGUGUUCA